CCUUCCGUAUUGGGAAUGUUUUGAAGUCAGACAUUGUCUUGAUUUAAUGCACAUUCAGAAAAAUGUUUGUGAUGCCAUUGUCGGAACAUUGUUGAAUAUGCUCGGGAAGACAAAGGAUGGAGUUAAAGCUAGGAAAGACAUUGUCUCCUUACUUGUCUUCAACUAAUCAUAUGACAUUUUUUAACUUGAACGCAAGAUGAUUGGAAAAAGAAAGAAGCUGAAGGAGAGUUUGUUCUAGGUCGGAUGGAUGAUGCUCUUUCACGUGCUCUGCAGAGGAAAGACCGACCUGCGCGUGUGUUAACAGCUGGGCGUAGCAUUGGGAUUACAUCUGUUUGGGGAGACCCUGAUCGGAGCAGUACUGCUCGUAAGAGUAGGGGCAUGGAUGAUGAGGAGAUUCAGGCAUUAGAGGCUAGAGUGAGUCAAAGAGUUAGAGAGCAGACUAUGGAAGAGAUGAACUCGAAGAUAGAUGCUAUGGUUCAAGAAAGGUUAAUGGCUUAUGCGACGCAGUUAGGUAUUCCAGUACCGACUCCUUCCACUCCAGUCGUUCCUAGUAGUUGUCAAUCGAGGGGCAAUGAUCCAUUUGCGGACUUGCAGAGUCAAGUUCCAUGUCGCUUGGCAAUAGCGGAUGUCUCGGGACCGAUCAUUGUAGCUGAGGGUACCGUUCAUCCACGACAGGAGCCAUCGUCACACGCUACGACUGCCAUGAGAGUGAGUGUUGAUGAGUUUUAUGCGGAUUACGCAGAUGUUCCAGUUCCACUCUUUACUCCAUUCAUCACGAAACUCAGUCAAGCUGAGGGUUAUGUCAUAGAAUGGCCGAAAGAGUUGAUAUUUUUAGUCUUAGGUAACUUAUGUUUAGUAUUAUGAUUUAGUAUAUAAUAAGAAAUCUAAAUGUAUAUACUUAGAAAUCUUGAUUUACAUAAAAUAAACCAAAUAAUCUUUAUUUUAUAUAUAAUAUGAAUUAAAAAGAAGUCGAUUUGAAUUAGGAACAUAUAUCUAAAAAAGGUGCGCAGAAGAAGAAAAAUAAAACAGUUGCUAAUGAGCCUUGCACCGAUGAGUCUGCACAUAGACACAUAGAUCCAUUGAUUAGCGUGUCACUUGAGGAUAUGUCUAAUGCGGUCAAGGAGAUGCAUCGUUUGUUUUGCCAAAAACCUGCAGAUGAGCCUUUUACUAUUGAAGUUAGUAGGGGUUCCUGCUUCAACUAUCCUUCUGAUCAGAUGAUCAUUCUCUCCCGACAAGAUGUUUUCCAACUUCUGACGGGAGAAUGGCUUAAUGUAUCCGUUUUGCAA